AUGUCCAAGGUGUGGCUGAUUACAGGGUGCUCGAGCGGGUUCGGCAGAGAGAUCGCCCUCGCAGCAGCCAGACGGGGAGACACCGUGGUAGCCACAGCUCGCAACGUCUCCAAGAUCGAAGACCUUGAGAAGCUCGGCCUCGGAAUCAUCAAUAAAAGACUCGACGUGCUGGACAGUGACGAGCAGAUAAAAGAGAUUAUCGCGGACGUCGUCAGGACAGUAGGACGCAUUGAUAUCUUGGUCAACAAUGCAGGCUACAUCCUAGAGGGCGCCAUCGAGGAAUGCAGCACAGACGAAGUGCAGAAGUGCUUUGCCACAAACGUCUUCAGCCAGUUGACAGUUAUCAGAGCUGUGGCUCCGUACAUGCGAGCCCAGGGUAGCGGUACCAUCGCUAAUCUAGGCUCGAUUGGCGGCUGGCACGGCUCGGCGUCGAUGGGCGUAUACUGCGCCACCAAGGCUGCAAUCGCCAUGCACACGGAAGCCCUCAAGGGCGAGCUCACACCCUUUGGUAUCGACGUCACCUGUAUCGAGCCGGGAUACUUCCGCACCAACUUCCUUACAAGCGGGAACAGGACCAUUGCUCAGAACAGGAUCCCCGAGCUGUCCUCGACCACGGACCAGGCAAAGGCCCUGCUAGACGCGUACAAUAAGAAACAGCCCGGUGAUCCCGUCAAGGGUGCAGCUCUCAUUGUCCAGGCCUUGACCAAGUCGGGGGUAUGCGAGGGGCGGGAGCUGCCGAUGAGGUUGCCGCUGGGCAAGGAUGCCAUCCGCUUCAUCAACGAGGACUUGAGGAGGAACAAACAGGUUCUGGAUGAGUGGGAGGCGAUCGUCUCCUCUACAAACUGCGAUGAUAUCGAGUAG